AGGAAGAAGAAGAAUAAGUUUAUCCAGAGCUUCAUCCCACAAUGUUUGUGCUGUUGUCCUAGGUUUGGGAUUCCCGACAUUAGCUGCAUAGUUUAAAAUAUAAUGGUAAGAUUCAAAGCAAAAUAGCGAAUUUCUUUGGUCUAAUAAUAUGUAUUGUUUCAUUGUGAAACUCGUUAUCUUGUCUCUGGCAAAUUGUUUGCUCUCAUAACUUAAUUCACGGCGCAUCUAUAGUAAGUUGUCAGUUUGAGCUCCAUUUUCACAAGUCUUCUCUGAUUCAUAGACGUGAUUAAAACUCAUGGAAAAGGAGAACUCUCCCCUCGCUGUGGCUACCAGCCCUGGCCGAAGUUUGGUUUUCUUUGACUUGGAGACAACAGGACUUGGUCAGUCACUCGAUAUUCUAGCUACAUUACUGCAGCCUGUCGUGUUGUUGAUACCAUUGUAGUAGUCAGUUGGUGGUCCCUACUUUCGAUCUUGCAACAGUGUAUCAAGAACCAACGUUAUUGUCGCGAUGUUUAUCAACUUUCAAUCAAAGACAACGUUUUUUCAUAAUCAUUCAAUGUAAUCAUGUAGGGCAGGUUAUAUUAAUUCACCAUAUUAGUGUGAUCAGUCCAUCCUGGUUCUGGGGACCAAGAGAGUGUGCAGGCUUUUGGCUCAGGCAGCCCAGAACUAACACAGAUAGAAUCAAAGAAUAUCACUGAUUUGAAUUAACCUUGAAUCAGUUGUGUAGUUCUGGGGUGGAAGAAAAGCCUGCAUACCCUGUGGGUCUCCAGCACCAGGACUGAAAAACAUCACCCACAUUUUUUUUGUUUUGUUAUAUGAAUGUCUCAAUUGUUUCUAUACGGUCUGUCAUGUUCUUUAUAACUGAUUGAGUGUUUGUAAUGUGUUUGUAAUGCUUGUCAUUCCAACAGGUCAGAGCUGUGAAAUCGUCCAGCUGGCUGCAGUAAGUGGGGGUCACUCCCUGAACCUCUACAGUGUCCCUCGAUGUCGGAUGCAGCGUGGCGCCGCCAAGGUCACCGGCUUCAGGGUCCGGAGGCACAGGCUGUACCACCAUCGCUGCCCCGUCCGGACCAACUCCCUCGAAGAAGUACUAGUCUCCUUCAUAGCCUUCCUGCGCAUGCUGGACCGCCCGAUGGUCGUCGGUCACAAUAUCCGUCGCUUCGACUGCCCUGUGCUAGCUAGAGCGCUUGACGAGUUUGACCUCAAAGCAGAGUUCCAGUUAGCGGUUUCUGGUUGCUUGGACACACUCCCGUUGGCGCGAGAGCUUCUGAAGGGACAUGGUCUCCAGAGUUUUCGGCAGGAAAACCUUGUUCGGAUAGUGGUUGGCAUUUCCUACGAGGCGCAUGAUGCCUUGGAGGAUGUGCGGGCACUGCAGAGGCUCUACGAUGCCCUCGGACCCACGCCAGAGCAGGUGGUCAGGCAUAGCUUCACCAUGGCAGAGCCAGCACCCAAGCAGCCUCCUGCAGCCAAGGUCAAGGCCAAGGGGUCCUGUAAGGCACCGGGACAGCACCCCCUGUGGAAGAGCUUCAGACAGGCAGUGAAGGUCACAGAGGGGCCCGAAGGGGGCACCACAGGCCAGGGUAAUGCAACUCUUAUAACGGGUAAUGGUUGUUAAGUGAAAAUAAAUGGACAUUUUCACAUGUUGUGGAGUUCUAAAUUACUGCAGCUCAUUUAAAUAAUGUAAGAUUCUGACAUUGUGAUGGAUUGUAAUGUGUUUGUG